CACAAAAGACACGCACAAAAACACACAUGUGAAAUCCCUAAUUUCUGGGAAUUGGGAUUGUUAUUCUUCUCCAGUGUGUAUUGUGUGUGAAAAUAGUACACAUAGAGAGAUGCCAAUAGAAAUGCCAAGAGGGCUCCCAUUUUCAGUGGAUACAUUUUCUCCAAAUUCAAAGAGAAAAAGGCAUCAUUUCCUCACACAUGCCCACAAGGACCAUUGUCAAGGAAUUCUCACCCAUGCUUCUUACCCCAUCUAUUCUACUCUUCUCACCAAGGGCCUUGUUCUCCAGUAUUAUCCACAGCUUGAUGAUGGGGUUUUUGUGGGAAUUGAGGUUGGUAAAAUGCUUGUUAUUGGUGAUCCGGAUGGCGAUUUUGCGGUGACUGCUUUUGAUGCAAAUCAUUGCCCAGGAGCUGUGAUGUUUCUUUUUGAAGGCAGAUUUGGUAACAUUCUACAUACAGGGGAUUGCAGACUUACACCCGAGUGCUUGCAAAGCUUACCGGAGAAGUUCCUAGGAAAGAAAGGGAAAGAACCCAGGUGUCAAUUGGAUUAUGUAUUCUUAGACUGCACAUUUGGUAGGUUUCCCUUGAAAAUGCCAAGCAGGCAAUCAGCAAUCCAGCAGGUCAUAAAUUGUAUAUGGAAGCACCCUGAUGCACCCAGAGUGUAUCUGACCUGUGACCUUCUAGGCCAGGAAGAAAUUUUGGUGAAUAUAUCUCAAACAUUUGGCUGCAAGAUAUAUGUUGAUAAAGUGCAAAAUCCUGGAUGUUAUCAGGCUCUAGAACUUACAGUUCCUGAAAUUCUGUCACAAGAUUCGUCUUCACGUUUCCAGAUAUUUGACGGAUUUCCCAAACUUUGUGAAAGAGCAGAAGCCAAGAUUGCCGAGGCUCGUGCUAAUUUUCAGCAUGAGCCUCUAGUUUUACGUCCUUCUGCACAGUGGUAUGCAUGUGAGGAAGGAUAUUCAGAGGCUGAAAAUCGAAGAAAGAGAAUACAUGAUCAAGCUGUAAGAGAUAUUUCUGGUGUUUGGCAUGUGUGUUACUCGAUACACUCAUCCAGGGAAGAACUAGAGUGGGCUUUGCAGCUACUAGCACCAAAAUGGGUUGUCUCAACAACACCUAGUUGCAGGGCCAUGGAACUAGAUUAUGUAAAAAGGCAUUGCUUCAAUGCUCGAACCGGUUCAGAUAAUUCCUUCUCAAAACUCCUGAAUAUCACUCUGGGGGAUUCUUCAGCUCCAGAAACCACACCAAGUUUGAGUUGUUCGCCUAUCAUUGAAAUACCUAGUAAAGAUGAUUUGGAAACCCAGUCCAAAUCAAUGCUAGCAUCAACAAGCCACAGAAGAUUAUUAAAUUUGUCUCCCCCAAGCAAAAGACCAUCUGUCACAUUAUUUGGAAAAGCAAGGGUUGGAAUUCAGGAUUCUAUCUUCAAGCAUGAGAAGGAAACAGUUACAGAAGAUGAUUCUUCACAGAAAGCAAGGGAAGAUACUUCACUUAGGCAAGUGGAGGUUGUUGAAGUGGAAUGCAGAAAGUCAUUUGAGGAAAGCAGAGAGGAAGAAGACAGGAAAAUAAGCAAGUCAACACAAAGAAGAAAACGUGCUUCUGAUUCACCAAUUGGAUCGUCAAAGAGCUUUAGUCAAAGUUUGAGGAACUUUUAUAGGUCCAUGAAUGUAUCAGUACCGCAGCCUCUCCCAUCCUUAGUGGAGCUUAUGCAUGCCAAUAAAUGCUCCAGGAGAAGAUUCUAAAUCCAAGUCUUCUGAGUAUCAUGGUGGAUUUUAAAUUCUCUCUGUAAUUCGGACCAUUGAAUUUAUGCUUCUCUCUCAAAGGCAGCAGAAGUGUACACGUUUCAAUUCUGGCUCCUUUGGCAUUCUCCAUUGUUUCAAGAUUCAGAUGCCAUUGUGCUUGACAAGAGAAACAGAUACAUAUAUACAUAUACAUGGAAUUGUUUAGGUAGCAUACCUUCUGCAACUACCCAGUUUCCUUCCUCUUUAUGUUGUAAGUGCAUUUGUUUUUAGUAUACUUCAAUUGAAUUAUUCAAAAGUUAGCGUAUUUCUCAGCACCUUGUGAUUUGUACAUGAUUAACUUGAUAUUUAUUGUGUA